ACAGACUUGUGGUUGUCAGAAAGAAAAAAAUCUACCAGCUACUUAAAGCCAAGCCAAAACAAUAACAAAUAAUUUUAUAAGUUUUUAUAAUACCAGACGGUAUAUUUUACUUUAAAGUUAAUAUAAAUCAAAUUUGUCUAAACCAAACGUUAUAUUUUUGUGGUUUGUUUUUGUAUUGAACGAACUUAAUGAAAAUCUUAACCUUACUGUCGACCGAACCGCAAAAAGAAAUUGAAAACUGAAGUAGAAAUAUAGUAUAAAAUGGGGGUUACAGUGUUACAGCAGUACCCAGUACCGGAACAUAAAACCGGUACCUACGUAAUAGAACUAUUAACUAAGCGUAUUCUAGCGCUUGGAGCAACACAGCAAGGGCAGUUUCUUGUGGAUUGCGAAAGUUAUUUAUCUCUCCCACAAAUGGGAUCAACAAAAACAGUCCACAUUCUGCACAACUCUGAACAGCCAGCUUCUGUGUUUUCAAUCCUUGAGAGUGGUACAAAGAACAUCCAUGUCAUUGCCGAUGGUCUCUUCGACUUGCUGAUGAUGAAGCUUUCCCAGCACUACACAUCGAAGAAACAAACUAAAAUAGAGAGCAAAGGGCCCAGGUUUGAGCUUGGAGAUUUUUGUGUGAAGUUUGGCUCGGUGACUAUGAAUCAGAAUUUUAAAGGAAUAUUAAUUGAGGUUGAAUAUCGGCCGUGUGUCAUGGCAAAUGCAGUGUGGGGUUUGCUCCGAGAGUUCCUGCAAGGUCUACUUGGACCCUCAAUAACUGUGCAGCCACCUCAGCAUCUCCUCAGCAGGAUGAACGAAAUUUAUGCUCCCAUAGACACCAUAUACCAAUAUCUAGAACAUUUUAGUGCAUACAGAAAGGUUACUGGCUUGAGAAGUGCGUGAGUUAGUCCAAUAUGUGGGUAGACGAAAUAUUUUUUAUGUAUGAUUGUUUUUUUAGUAUGAACUUUGGAAUAUACAUACCAAUUUUGAAUAUUGACUCACUGUCAUAUAGUUAUGGUGGUAGUAAACAGUAAGAGAGUACAUGAUUUGAAAUGAUAAUAUAAAAGUAAUCUGAAACAA